UCUAGUCCUUAAGGAAACCAUAGAUUCCUUUACUGUUCCUCCCCACAGCAAAUUAUUUCCUGUCGUUUCUCUUCUUCUUCAAGUACGUUUAUGGAUUAGCCUUUGUAACUUCAAAUCCUCUCUUCCCCUCACUACAAUUAACUAAAUAAAAACAAGUCCUUUACGUUGACUCGCCGCUCGAAUCUCAAGCCGGCGAGAUCUGCGGCUGAGAUCGAGUCAAUUAGUCAACGCUUAUACGUGUAAUUGGAGCACAUGAUCAUAAUUUUGCUAGGGUUGUGCUGUUAUCUUUCAACUCGAAACUAAAGCUGGUUUGAAUCUGCAGACUUGGUCUUUAUGCUUUUCCAGUGUGAAUUCACAAGCAACACCUUGGGUCUAUCUGAAUAGUUUUCUUACUGACAUACAAAUCCACAAGUUGCCAUGGUUUCCCCAGGAGAGGGUGUACUGCAUGAAGUAGCCUCUGAAAAAUCGCCGCAUGGACAGAUCUCUGACAGUGGAAAUCAUGCAUUGCAACAGAUCCCUUUGAGUGGAACUAAUGCAUUGCAAUCUGUUCAGGAGGGUAGCAGUCCCUCAGUGACACCAAAGAAAGAAUCACUGAAUUCUAGUACCAGUCAUUUACUGCAAUCAGAUCAAGAAGGAAGCGUUUCUGAGAAAGCAUCAGAGACUACUGAGAUCCUCCAUGCAUCACAAUCUGGUGUGGAAGGGAAUACUCCUUCUAUAAUACGUGAGAAAGUGUCAGAGGAUGGAUAUAAUUGGCGAAAGUAUGGGCAAAAAUUUGUUAGAGCAAAUGAAUUCAUUCGAAGCUAUUACAAAUGUACAUAUCCUAAGUGCCAAGUUAAAAAGCAAUUGGAUUGUACCCAUGAUGGGAAGAUUACAGACACUAUUUACUUUGGUCAGCAUGAUCAUCCAAAGGUUCCAAACCUUCCACAAGCUGUGGGACUUGUUGUGACAAUUGUUGAAGAGAGACCAGAUGAUUCUUCUUCAAAUGUUGCCAAAGACAAGUCAUCUGAAGCACAUGGCCAAAGACCUCAUCGGAUUGAGCCUGCAGAUAAUCCUUGUCGUUCAGUGGUUGCAGUAAGUGAUGAUUUGAAAAAUACACUUUUGCAAUCAAACAGGACUAAAGAUGAAGUUGAUAAUGAUGAUAGACCGGGAUCAAAGCGCCGGAAAAAGGACAAUCUUGAUACUAGUCCAAUUCCAGUGGAUAAACCAAUUGGUGACCAACGUGUUGUUCAAACUUUUAGUGAUGUUGAUAUUUUGAAUGAUGGGUUCCGCUGGCGUAAAUAUGGACAGAAACUAGUGAAAGGCAAUCCAAAUCCAAGGAAUUACUACAGGUGCUCAAGUUCUGGAUGCCCGGUGAAGAAACAUGUAGAAAGGGCAUCUCACAAUCCAAAAAUGGUUAUCACAACUUAUGAGGGACAGCAUAACCAUGAUGCCCCGCCGUCAAGGACUGUUACUCAUAACAUAGUAGGCCCAAAUGUUCAAGCAACAACUUGUGAUAGCGAGUCUCAGACAAAAUUAGAAAAAAAUGAUGCUGUCUGCCCAGAUAGGGUUGUCGAUUCUAGUUUAGAUCAGAGCAAGUCGAAUGAGCAACUAAAUGUUGAGUCAAGAACAAAAUCUGAAGUAACUGCUGAUGGUGGCUUGGAGAUGGUUGAUGGAUCUAAAUUGGGUCCUGAAAUCAAGUCAGAUAAGCAAGAGAAUUGCGAGUCGGAAGUCAUUGGAGAAAGUCAUGUUGGGCAUGAAGUCAAUCAUGUUAGUUCACAUCACGGAGGUUCAUUGUCAAAUGACCGAGUAGAUGAUGAGUCGGAGGCUAAAUCAGAACAAAUUGGCACUGCUUCCCAUGAUACGGUUGUUCAUGUAACUCCAUGCCCUGAGAAUAAAUUUAGUGAGAAGGAACAAACACCAAAACCAGAACCAGAGCUUGUUAGAAGCUGAACCCAAGUCGGCGGUUCAAUUAAUAAUGUACCCAAAUGGUGAUUUUAAUUAACAUAGAUUAUUACACUAUUCGAGAUAUGUAAGAUUGGGUGAAUACCAUUAAGUGUGUAAAACUAUUGUAAUGAGUAAGAUAAAUACAAAAUAUCAAGAUGUAGAUUUUCGUAAUAUCAAGAUGUAGAUUUCCUUAUUGUUAGAA